UCACUGAUGUUCACUUGCUUUUUCUUUCUUUUCUUUUUGCAGGCUGAAUCUGAUGCUCACAAACUGAGCUCGCUCCAGCUGCCAAGAUGGUAAUAAACGUCUGUCUCCCACAGUUCAAGCCAAGAAUUCACUGCAACAAGAUUUCUGCUGAUGGUUACGAAGUGGAGAAUCUGAUCUCUGAAGACCUGGCCAGAAGAAACCGUGGCUUCCGCAGCGAGUACUUCAUCAAACCUCCAGUCCACGUCACCAUCUCUUUUCCCUUCAACAUUGAGAUCUGCAGGAUUAACAUUGACAUCUCAUCUGGGGGAUACCAAACCUUCUCUGGGCUCGAAGUUUACACCUCUACCUCAUGCAAUAAGACCUCUUGGCAGAGCCCUGAGGGUCAGUUCUCAGGUCUGGCCAGUCAGCCCGUGUCAGACAAAGACACUUUCACACUGGUGGGCAAAGCUGUCUUAAAGAAUCAAAGCAAAGUGACAUUUGGCCAUAGAGGCUUCAAGCCGAGGCCUCCCUUCCAUCAGAUGGAAAAUGUCUUGUCCUACCCAGGCUCUGCAUCUCAAGACCUCUGGAACAAAGGGCCCUCCUCACUGAGCAACGUGUCGCACUUAAAGAUCUGCAUCACCCAUGUUGCUGGAGGCGGCCUGCCUUGCAUUAAGAGGCUGGAGGUGUGGGGACAGCCUGCCAAAUCCUGCCCGCAGGAGGUGAUCGAGGGUGUCUUUCAGGUGGCCUCUCAGUUCUUCACCCAGGACGUUGGUAACCUCAAGCCAGAGCUCUGGACACCGAUGGAGAGUGACUGCGUGCCCUUCAGUGCCAACGACAGCGAGCAGCAGACCCUCCGCAAGCUGGUGGACGUCGUGCAAGACAUCCCUGAGGAAUUCCUGGACCCCAUCACUCUGGAGAUCAUGACCUUCCCCAUGCUCCUGCCGUCGGGGAAGGUGAUUGACCAGACGACGCUGGAGAAAUGCAACCGGAGCGAAGCGUCCUGGGGCAGGGUCCCCAGUGAUCCUUUCACUGGGGUGGCCUUCAGCCAGCACUCACAGCCCCUACCUCACCCUACCCUCAAGGCCAGGAUAGACCAUUUCCUCUUACAGCACAGCAUUCCUGGCACCAACCUGCUGGGGAGGGCUCAUACCUCGGAAAUGCUCGUCCCUUCUUCCAUAACAAUGUCUUCUCUGAAGAGGAAAAUGGACUGCAUGGAUCAGAGCUCUGUGCAGCCACCUUAUUUUUCCUCUACAAACUUACUUGUCACGUCUACCUCAGAGAACAGUGCUAAAAAAAUGAAACCCGACAGUGACUCACACUUGAUCCACAUGGACUGUUCCACAGAUCUGGUCUCUCACGAACAAAAGCUGUCAGAGAGUUUGGACACUGCCUUGAGCUCGGCACUCAGCUCCAUGCCCUCGUUCACAGCCAAGCUGAUGAAGAGCCAGCAGCAGGCACAGAGCGAGGGGGGCUGCAGCAGUUCCUGGGGCGUGGGCACCAUCCUUGGUAAGCAGCAAAAAGGGCUGGUGCUAGGGCCCCGAUGCUCUUCCUGUGGCAAAACCUUCUCCUCCUAUUUCAAAACGGAGCCCGUUUACCAGCUUCCCUGUGGCCACCUCAUGUGUCGCCCGUGCUUGGCCGAGAAGCAGAAGUCUCCAUCCUCAAUACUCUGUGGGAGCUGUAAGAGGUCGGCUGCCACACACGACGUCAGGAGGGUUCACUUCUGA